CCGCAGCCCGCGCAGAGUCCACUGCACGCCCGGCCCGCCGCGCCUUCCGACAGUCUGUCUGUGCUCGCUCGACGCGCCGUCCGCCCGCGCACCGACAGCUGCCCGCGCUCGUGUUCUCCUUGCGGCCCGGACACAUAGUAUGACCAUUAGGUGUUUCGUCUCCCAGCCAUUUUCUAUGGAAAACCAAGGAGAUCGGGCCAUGAUAGCCACUGGCAGCUUUGAAGAAAGGGAUGCCUUUAGAGAAGCUUGAUCUUGGAGAACUCAGCGUGAGACCUUACUAAGCCAGAUUCCGGCAGAGUUCCUCUAUCUCGUCUUGUUGCUGAUUGAAGGUGCCCCCUUCUCCAGUUUUUCUCCAUCUCCUGGGAAAUCGGCAUCAUGGUUGGGUUCAAGGCCACAGAUGUGCCCCCUACUGCCACUGUGAAGUUCCUGGGGGCUGGCACAGCUGCCUGCAUUGCAGAUCUCAUCACCUUUCCCCUGGAUACUGCUAAAGUCCGGCUGCAGAUCCAAGGAGAAAAGCAGGGGCCAGUGCGGGCUGCGGCCAGCGCCCAGUACCGCGGUGUGCUGGGAACCAUCCUGACCAUGGUGCGCACCGAGGGCCCCUGCAGCCUCUACAACGGGCUGGUCGCCGGCCUGCAGCGCCAGAUGAGCUUUGCCUCUGUCCGCAUUGGCCUCUAUGACUCCGUCAAGCAGUUCUACACCAAGGGCUCUGAGCAUGCCGGCAUCGGGAGCCGCCUCCUGGCAGGCAGUACCACAGGUGCCCUGGCUGUGGCUGUGGCCCAGCCCACAGAUGUGGUAAAGGUCCGGUUCCAGGCUCAGGCCCGGGCUGGUGGUGGCCGGAGAUAUCAAAGCACCGUUGAUGCCUACAAGACCAUUGCCCGAGAGGAGGGGUUCCGGGGACUCUGGAAAGGGACCUCUCCCAACGUUGCUCGUAAUGCCAUUGUCAACUGUGCCGAGCUCGUGACCUAUGACCUCAUCAAGGACGCCCUCCUGAAGGCCAACCUCAUGACAGAUGACCUUCCUUGCCACUUCACUUCCGCCUUCGGGGCGGGCUUCUGCACCACCAUCAUCGCCUCCCCUGUCGACGUGGUCAAGACGAGAUAUAUGAACUCUGCCCUGGGCCAGUACAGCAGCGCUGGCCACUGUGCCCUUACCAUGCUCCAGAAGGAGGGUCCCCGAGCCUUCUACAAAGGGUUCAUGCCCUCCUUUCUCCGUUUGGGUUCCUGGAACGUGGUGAUGUUCGUCACCUAUGAGCAGCUGAAACGGGCCCUCAUGGCUGCCUGCACUUCCCGGGAAGCUCCCUUUUGAGCCUCUCCUGCUGCUGACCUGACCACCGCUGGCUUUGCUUUGGCUUCAGCCAGGCCCUGCUUCCCUUUUCCUCCUCCUCUCCUCCCCUUCUCUCUCCCCCCACCCCUUCCUUCCUCUCCCUUUCCCACCACCUCCCUUCCCUCUCCCCACAUUCUCAUCCCUCUUCCGUACCCCAUCUUCCAUUGCCUCUCAGUCCUGGUGGAGUUGACCCCAACUGACCCUGUGGGAGGCCUGGCAACAGCCAGGAUCCCAAGCCCUCAGUCCCCUGAAAAGUUCAGCCCAACUCUUCAUCCUGCUCCCAGCCCAGCCCCACCAGCACAUCACCCAUAAAGCAACCUCAACCUUG